AUGAAGUUCCCAAGUAUUUUUUUUCUUUUUACUAUUAUUUGUGUACUUAAAGUUGAAACGUUUUCCCCAACUAUAUAUUUGAAUUUCUUUAAACGGAAGGCGAUCGAAAUUAUCGAUUCUGCAGGGCCGAAAGAUGAUUGUUCACGGCAUUUGAAGGCUUGGGUUACAGAUGUGUUUAAUUUUAAGAAAUUAUGGGCUAUGCGAAUGUUGGAUGCGAAUGCCAAAUUCCAAACUGGCUUUCUCACCGGCAACAUUUUUCAUUUCGGUAAUUACGAUCAAUGCCUCGGCAUCGAAGAAAUACGAGGUGGAGACGUUAUCCAGGGCCAAUAUUGUACCGUUGCGAUAACUCCAGCUAAAAAUUCAACGAGUAGUUUGGCUCAAGUUUUGAAUUUUGCAACAUCACUUUCAGAAAUGAUGGAUGUUCCAGAAAGCAAAGACAUGCAACACAUUAUACGUUUAGUCAAGAUGAUUUAUGGCAUUUGCAUACCGAAAUCUUGCAGUGCUGAAAGUAUCCAGAAACUCUGGAAUUAUGCAGAAUUCGCUUUCCGGCUUCCAAUUCACGUAUCGACAGGCGAUAACUUUUGUACUUACAAAGGAAAAGUACCAUUCGCUUACAGCUUUGAUGAAACUGUUUUUUGGCUUUUUGGAAUUUUUCUCAGCUUUCUAUGUUUUGCAAAUAUCUAUGAAAUGAUGUUUGUAAAUGAUGAAGAAGAACAUGGAACCUUAGAAAGCUUCCUAUUAGCAUUUUCCAUACGCAAAAAUACUAAAAAGAUAUUUGAGAUGCACUCAAAAAAUGAUGACCAAAAAUUCACUUGUCUGCAAGGCUUGAAAGCACUGAGCAUGCUUUGGGUAGUUUUCGGUCAUAGAUAUGCCUUAUCCUUUUUUUCUGGGAAUGUAAAUAUGUUGGACUAUUUCGAGUGGCGAAAAACACUACCAGCAUUAUUUAUUUUGAUAGCUCCAUUUUCCGUGGAUACAUUUCUGUGUAUCAGUGGCCUAUUGCUGGCUUACAAAUACAUGCAAAUUAGAGACAUGCUAUCAUCAAAACAAUCAUUUCCAUAUUUUGCAUUUUAUUUUAUGAGAUUUUUAAGAUUAUGGCCUGCCUUAAUUCCAAUGAUAUUGUUGUACAUCAGCGUACUUAAAUAUUUAAACGAUGGGCCUCUAUGGACAUUAUUAACAUAUAGAAUGUCUGAAAGUUGUAAAUAUACUGGUUGGGCUAGUGCAUUAUUUUUCACAAAUUUUAUUAAUUUUCAUUUUCAGUGCAUUGAACCUACUUGGUAUUUAUCAGUCGAUACACAAUUAUAUUGCAUAGCUCCGCUCCUAUUGUAUUUUCUAUACAAAUAUCCAAAAAGAUCUGCAUUUGGCUAUACAAUGUUAACAAUUAUUUUAUCAUUGCAUGCCUAUUAUACUACUGUGGCACAUAAAGAGAGAUGGACACCUUCUGAAGGCGAUGAUAUUUAUCAUAUGCGUAUAUACCAGUCAACAUUCAUACGGAUGCCUGUUUGGAUACUUGGUGUUCUUACUGGAGGAUUUUUGUAUAAUUACCAGAAUUUGAAAAUUUCAAAGGGUCUCGCAGUUUUAAUGUGGACUUCAAUAUUUACUUUAUUUAUGAGCGUUAUUGUUAUCCAUAUUUUCCUGCUACAUCAUCCUUAUAAUGAAUAUUAUUCAGGUUUAUUUAAUUCUACAGCAAGACCAGCCUGGGGAGCGGCUAUUUGUUUGCUCAUAAUUUUGUGUUCUACAGGAAACGGAGGAUACAUUAAUUAUAUUCUGUCACGAAAUUUCUUUAAACCAAUAACAAAAGUCUCCUACAGUGUCUAUCUCACACAUUCAGCUGUGAUUUAUUUUUUUCAAGGCUCUAAAAGAACACCAACGUAUCAUGAUACUUUUAGAACAUUUCAGGGCUACUUAUCCGAAAUGCCGUUCACAUUUGUUGCCUCACUAGUAUGGUGCUUAGCGUUUGAGUCGCCAUUUAUUAACAUGAGCAAACUGUUUAUGAAGAACGCGUCUGGAAAUAAAGCAAAAGCCAUUGAAAACGUCAGUGAAAAAAGCUUUAAUAAAUUCAAGAAAUCAACUGAAGCCGGAGAAAAUUCUGCUGGUAGAAAAAAGUCAACUAAGAAGCGAGAAUAA